UAUCGUUGAUGCUACUGAUAAUUCAUCUUCUCCUGUAAUAAAACGUCAAGAAAGUUUAGCAAAUUGGUGUAUCAAACCAAUUACACAAAAUAAGCAACCAGAAAUUAAUAAAAAACUUCUUAAUGCUAUAAUUUAUGGUAAUCUUCUUUUUAAAAUCGUUGAAAAUCCUUAUUUUCUCGAUUUUCUCAAUGAAUUAGCACCAAACUAUAACCCUCCUUCCACUAGAAUAUUGCAUACUGAAGUUUUUAAUAGUUUAUUUUCAUCCUAUUUAAGUAAAAAGUUCAAAAUGUUCAAAUCUCUUGCUGAUAUUACCAUUGUCUUAGAUGGAUGGCAAGAUAUAUCGAAAAACUCAAUCUAUGGUUUUAUGGCUUUAAAAGAAGAGCAAGAACAUGUGUUAGAUAUUGUUAAUUUAUCUGCAAAUAGACAUAUGGCAACUUUUCUUAAAGAACAACUUGAAAAGAUGAGAAAUGAUUUUAAAAAUGAAUAUCCAAAUAUCAUCCCUGUUC